AUGGCUGCAGCAUAUGCCAAUGCAGCUAUUGGAGAGAAGCAUCCCAAACACGCUAGUCGUGAGAGCCUGGUAUCAAAAACGAUACAGGACAGCGGAGGACUCGAGAUCAAUAUAGAGGAAACGGCAAACAAGGCUUACUCUGACACAGGCAUGAACAAGAUCACGCCCCUGAUUCUUUCGCAUCAGGGAUCCGCUCAGGACCCAACUGACGGCUACUUCAAGAAAAUGAUAGCCACGUCGCACUUGCAGAGUACUGCUGGUUCGGGUUCCGACCCAAACGCUCUAGUCGAACUGGGCCGCCCUCCAAGCUCAUCGCCACCAAAGUCGCCCAAGGUAUGA